AUGAUGGAAAACGUAGUUUCAGAAGUGAUGGAAAAUACAUUGGUAAAGUCGAUAGAUCAGUCAUCCGAUUACGACUUGGCAGAAAAAAUGGAAAACAUGAAAAAAGUAAUAAUCGAAGAAGUGCGCAGGAACUUAGUGUAUAACAAACCAGUUGGACCUAUAAUGAGUUCAAAGGAUAUUUUAACAUUGAGCCAAGAACAGGAAAGAAAAUUUAACGAAACAGUGCACGAAUUGGGAUUACAUGUAAAUAGCAUACAUCAUAAUUCCACCCCCGCUUUUUUAUACGAAAUGGCAUUGAAAUAUGAAUCGAAUUCAUUUAUAACUAGCACUGGUGCAUUAUGUUGUAUUUCAGGAGAGAAAACAGGGAGAUCGCCAUCGGAUAAAAGAAUUGUUAAGGAAAAAACAUCAGAAGAUGAUAUUUGGUGGGGUAAGGUAAAUAUUCCAUUAAAAGAAAAAUCAUAUGAAAUAAAUAAAGGGAGAGCAAUAGAUUAUUUGAAUUUACAACCAAAUUUAUAUGUAAUAGAUGCAUAUGCAGGCUGGGAUGAAAAUUGUCGAAUAAAAAUUAGAGUUAUUACAUCUAGGGCUUAUCAUGCACUGUACAUGUUAAAUAUGCUUAUACCUCCAAAAAAUGUAGAAGAAAUAGAAAAUUUUAUACCAGAUUUUAUCAUAUACAAUGCUGGUGAUUUUCCAUCUAACAGAUUAACAGAUGGAAUGUCAAGUAAGACAUCUGUAAUUAUAAAUUUUGGUGCAAUGAAUAUGAUUAUAUUAGGAACUCAAUAUGCUGGUGAAAUGAAAAAAGGAAUUUUAACAUUAUUUAUGUAUAAAAUGCCAAAGGAGGGAAAAUUACCCCUACAUUCAUCAUGUAAUAUUGGAAAGAAUAAUGAUGUAACAUUAUUUUUUGGUUUAUCUGGUACAGGGAAAACAACCCUAUCUGCUGAUGCAAAUAGAUACCUUAUUGGAGAUGACGAACAUGUAUGGACUGAGGAUGGGAUAUUCAAUAUAGAAGGUGGAUGUUAUGCUAAAUGUAAAGGAUUAUCCAAAAGACAAGAACCCGAAAUUUAUAAAGCUAUAAAAUUUGGUUCUAUUUUAGAAAAUGUUGUUAUGGAUCCAGUUACUAGAGAGGUAGAUUAUAAUAAUUGUUCCAUAACAGAAAAUACACGAUGUGCUUACCCAUUGUCGUAUAUUGAAAAUGCAAAAAUACCUGCAUAUGUACAUGCACAUCCGCAGAAUAUUAUUCUUUUAACAUGUGAUGCUUUUGGUGUUAUACCACCAUUAUCUAAAUUGGAUGUUUAUCAAAUGAUGUAUCAUUUUGUAAGUGGUUAUACUAGUAAAAUGGCAGGAACAGAAAGUGAUGUCUUAAAACCAACAGCUACAUUCUCUUCAUGUUAUGCUGCUCCAUUUUUAGCUCAUCAUCCAAUGGUGUAUGCAAAUAUGUUAGCAGAGAAAUAUCAGAAGCAUAAGGCAAAUGUAUGGUUAUUAAAUACUGGCUGGAUUUAUGGUUCCUAUGGUUCAGAAAAUGGACAACGAAUACCUUUGAAGUAUACUCGUAUGCUUGUAGAUUAUAUACAUGACAAUAAACUACUUAAUAUUGAAUAUAAAAAAACGCCCAUUUUUAAUUUUAAUAUACCAUCUCAUUUGGAUGGUAUUCCAGAUGAAGUUCUCGAUCCACUUAUUGGAUGGAAAGAUAAAGAAGAUUACAUGACAAAUCUUAAACAUCUAGCCAAAGAAUUUAUUACAAAUUUCACCUUAUUCUCCGACAAGGCGGGACCAGAAAUAUUUUCUGGGGGACCUACUCUCUAA